AUGUCCCAGUCAGACUUCAUCCAGGACGCUGUCAAGCUUAUCACUGCUCGUCCGGGUCUACCAAGCCCAAACCCCACUCAAGCGGCAUGGCAAGAACCCCCUCAUCCAACCGUCUCCAAUGCACAGUCUCCCGAGUUGCCAAAGGAGACUGACGUGGCCAUCAUCGGAUCUGGUAUCACAGGUACUGCUGUAGCACACUACCUCUUGAAUCAUGGCGGAGAUCUCCGGGUGACGAUGGUGGAAGCUCGCACCGCCGUAAGCGGAGCAACCGGAAGAAAUGGAGGCCAUCUUGUCUCAGAUAGCGACUCCUUGUUCCCGACUCUCGUCAAGGAGGUUGGCAUCGAUCGAGCCGUCGAAACCGUCCGCUUCAGUGAAGCAAACAUUCGUCGCCUCAGAGAUCUCACAACACAGCUCAGUCCCGAAGAAAGCUCGGCUGUCGAAUUCCGCGACGUGAUAUCAACAACUGGCCUUGAGGAUCAAAAAUCUUUCGAGGAAGCAGUCGAUGGAUUGAAGGAGCUUCUCAAGGCUGUCCCAGAUGGCGAUAUCAAGUACAAAGUCUGCAAGAAAGAAGAUGCGAGCAAGGUCUUUCGCUUUCACAGUGUUGCAGGUGUCGUGGAACAACAUGGCGUUGCAGCGCUGUGGCCAUAUAGACUGGUUACAGCAGUCCUGGCAUCGUUGAGGAAAGAUUUCCCAUCCCGUUUCAACCUCGAAACAAACACACCGGUUCUCUCCGUCAACCACAAGGAUGAAACAUCUCAGAUAUUCCCUUAUACCGUCAAUACGCACCGAGGAGUUCUACGCGCCAAAUACGUGGUCCAUUGCACGAAUGGAUACUCGGGCCACCUGAUCCCCCAUCUCGUCGGCAAGCUAUAUCCUCUCCGAGGAACAAUGUCAACGCAGAAGCUGGGGCCUUCUUUUCCUCAUGUCGGCGACAGAAUGUCGUGGUCUCACAUAUCUAAAGGGACGUACGAUGGUGAGACUCGUCAUAUCCACCUUGGGCUCUACUACGCUCAACAGAAUGCCAAGACAGGAGUCAUGUUUCUUGGUGGGGAGUCCCAGAGUUUAAGUGGCCUGUUGACGAGUGAUGACUCGUUCGUUGGUGAUGAUGCACGCGACACUCUGACUUCAGCGGCUCCGCGUAUCUGGAAAGAUGCUGCACCAGCAGAGCCGCUUAAAGUAUGGUCUGGAAUCAUGGGCUUUACUGCAGACGGCAUGCCCCUUGUGGGCCGUCUCCCGGCGGGCCUCACUGGCCGGGCAGGUAGUGGUGAGUGGAUCGCAGCUGGCUUUAAUGGACAUGGAAUGGAUAAAUGCUGGCUUAGUGGAGAGGCCUUGGCUAGGAUGGUCCUUGGAGAGGAAGUGGUUCCUGGAUUUCCAAGGGCUUAUCUUUUGACUGCCCGGAGGAUUAAAUCGUGGAGUGCCGAGAAGGCGGCGGAGACGCUAAUGGACCAUAUCAUGCUAGGUGGUACAGCUCCUACCAGUCAGAUGUAA